CCUUCACCUAUGCGGAUUGUUCGACGCUCAAGCUACAAAACGUCCGAUCUUUCACAAGCUUCAAAGCCAGGCGACAUCACGAUCCAGCGUAUUUCCGAGGCGAAGGGCUACCUCAAUGAUUUCGAGCAGUUGUAUCGGAAACACAGAGCAGAGAUUGAUGGCCUCAAGAGGGAACAUGCAAGCGAGGUGGGUCAAGCGAGCUGGCGCCCUUUUUGCGUGUUUUUUUCUCGAUUCUUAGAGUAAAUGGAGGCACGCAAAAUAGUAAAGAAUAUAUUAAGACUUAAAAAGGUUGUUUGAGUAAAAAUAGCAAUACAGCGGUGUCUUACGACUAAGUUCAGCUUCGAAGACUUAAAGAAGCGCUAGUACGCGAAACAGCGCGAAUUUCUCGGUAAAUGACGCUAGCUUAGCAAAGACGCAAUCGAUGAAGUGCAGAAGAGUAUUUAAACAAGAUCAAGACAAAUUUAUUCUACAAGGUGUGAACUAAUUAAAAAUGGGUUUUUUGGGGGCGAUUUUUCGUGAAUAUCACGGUCGGCCCUUGAAAGCAUAAGAAAUACAUAGCCCUAUACAAAAGCUCUGUCAAAGAGGUUUAACUUAAAUGGUAACAUCAUAGGAAUUCUUCAACAGCUUCAGUUUUAACAGGGCAUGAAAUCAACCCUUCUGUCCGAAAGCCUUACUUGGCGGAUAAUUCCAAAAGGUCAGUCACCUGAUUUGUAUUUAAUAAGAAAUGAAACUUAUGCUGGCGGAUGACAUGCAUUAGAAACAUCUAGUCUACCUCAAAGUGAACUACUAAGAGGACACUAAACCCUUUAAGUCCCAAGGGUGACCAAUAUAUAUUUUCUCCUAACAAUAUUAUUAAAUAAUAAAGAGAAAACGUUAGGAGAAUUAAUGAAAUAAUCACAUGAGGGAGAAUGCUCUGAUCUUUUAUCAAAUUCUCUCAACUAUUCUCUAAGGAAGUGUAUAAAGGUCUGUUUGGAGAAUUGGUAUGUGGAUAUAAGGGCUAAAAGGGAUUAGAUAGCAAAGCAAAACGUAUGGAAAUCAAAGAUGGCAUCCAGUGACUUCUCUUUUUUUUCGAGCAAAUCGAGCCAAUUUUCGGACACAAGCUUGGCUUCAAGCAAUUCACAAGGUCUUCAAGUGAGCUGGGUUGAAGAAUUCUAGUCCCCAGUUUGGCGACUUACUCUCAAAGUCUGAUUGACAACGCCAAAAAUUUAGGCGCCCGGAAAUUUCAUGCGCUGAUAUUGCAUUAUUUCCUUAACUUCCUUAGUAAGGCAAAGACACUCUUUAUUUCCGAUGUCUUAGUAGAGUAACAUUUAGCAAAGCCAAGCAAUGAAGGGAUUUCCAUCGACACUAACACCUCGCUUGAAUUGUUGCGUAACAUUACUGUACAUACAUUCCUUUUUAAUAAAUAUUCUCCGAUGUAUAAUCUAAUGGCUUUACUGGAGUGCAAUUGAAAUGCGAAGACCAUCUAAUUAUUCGAAGGUUCUCAGAUUAGUAUCUCAGUGCUGCUGGAGAGACACGAGGCGUGAGACAUGCCCAAGGAAGACUCCCAUAAGAAAGAGGCGGGUAUGCUCGUCGGAAAUUUUGAAUUGAAAAUAUAUAAUUUUUUAAUAUUUCUUCGCGUGCAACCCUAAAAGAGACCUUUACGGCUAAAUAUAAUGGAACACCCUAAGAGAGACAAAAAUACGAAACUUACACCCUAAGCGAGACGACGAGCAUCCCAAGGGAGUCGCCCCGGGGAGCUAUGCUGCUGUAUGCUCCUAACGCCAUUAUGCCCCCUUCAAACCACGAAAACCUAUACAUUUUAAGUCCAAAUAAAAGAGGUUCAACAAUAUAUUCUUUGCCUCGUUUAAAUGUUAUUCGAUCCUAAGGCCUUGUCCACACGUAUCCGGACAUUUUUGAAAACGGAGAUUUUUUUCCCCGUUUUCAAAACAGUAAGUGUCCACAUGUAGCGAAUUCAAAUGGUUUUUGCCCAUCAACACGAAAACGCUAAAUCGAUACAAAUACGAUAGCGUAACUUACCGGGCGUGGGCUGUAUGGUCUAUGACAUCAUCGUAGUCGAAAACCUCUAUUUUCGUCCGUGCACACAAAAACGAUAUUCCAACGUUUUCAACAAUCUCCACGCCAUGGACGGUUGUCAAAAAUCUGCGUUUUUGACGCCCCAAAAAUUCCGUUUACGCGUGGACAGAAGGCUAAUAACGCAGAAAAAUCUCAGUUUUCAAAAAUAUCCGGAGCCUAAAUCUGCCCUCACACACAAUUUUUCGUUAGCUAAUGGGCUAUUUGGGUUCGUCUAUCAAAAAACGUAGCCGUUACCUCAUGUUUAUAUUACUUCAACGCAAGAAUCUUUGGACGCUCCAGUUACUCAGAUACUGAAGGCUCUAUGGCAAGCAAGGUCGAAAUUUAGUUACAAUUAAACCAGCCACUAAGUCCGAACACUUUGACAGGGUUGAACCUCACAGUGGUGCAACCUCAAUCAUAUUACUUGCACGCAACACUGAAAGCUUCAGUGUUAAGGUUUUAAAACGCUUAGGAUCAGAAAGAAAAGGACCGACACACUCACUCAACCUGCCUUCUCGCGCGCGAGACGUUUCUUUGCAUCAUUUUUACGAGUGCUUUUCAACACUUUCUUUUCUGUAUGUAUAUGCGCAACAUAUGUAAAUCAUUUUCUUCGCAUUUUAUUUUUGAUGAUGAAGGAAUAACAUCCUGGAAACAUCAUGUUAAAUUCUUAUCGGUAAUGUCUCUUUUAAAUGCCUGGCUGUUAAAAUGUCCAAACAAUUUCCUUACAUAACUUAACCUCCCACGCUCUAACUAGGAGCUCACGCUAGUGACCAAAAGGUCAAAGCAGCGAUUUUUGUUGGCAGACUCCUUAAUUCCAAUCGCCUGCGUCACCUUAAAUACAAAUGUAAGGAAAUUUUCACUUCGUUUUCAAGGGCCCAAUAUCUUUAAUUCCCUUAGCUCUGAAAUUCAGAAUGCCUCUAGUACUGCUAAGCACACUUUUGCUCUCCUACUGCAUGUGUGUAGUUUUUCGCUUUUUUUUCUCGUUUAUUCUUGCAUUAUUUUUUCUCACUUACACGUUCAGACUUUUCUAUUUUUAUCCUAUUUAAUGAUUAUUUUCUAUUUUCCCAACAAAUUGUGCGUACUUUGAUUUAAAUUGCCGAUGUUAGUAUUGUAAUUAUUAAUCAGAUAACAUAAUUUCAAAAGGUGGUCAUAUACACAAGCCUUAUUGGCUUCCUUGGGCUCCCUUGCCUCAUCUUUUUUACAAUUUUAUAUGCAUAUUUUGUGUGUAUGGCAAAAUGAUAAUAAAACAAUAAAACAAUACAGUAUUUUCACACCCCACGGUAACCACAAGGAAAACGUCGAUCUUCGAAGGAGUUUCUGUUAAAAUAGAAAGAUGGUUUUCAGCUCAGGUUUUCUAUAUUUUCCCACUUUGUUUUGUUUUUGUUUUGAUUGUUUUUCACUCCCUAAUGUCUCGUUUAUCGAUAUUUAUUUAUCGACACUAAGACGCCCAUUAAAUCUCCAUCCAAUAUUCUGUACAGAAAUAUUUGGCAUUUCUGCCAGAAAUAAAAACAUAUAAUUAGAAAGUAUACAUUGCUUAUCACUUCUAAUAGUUACUUAUAAUUAAGACAGAGACACUGCGCGUAGGCAGAAGUUGAUAUCUAAUUUCUCUGGAUUAUUCACUUUAUUUUCAUUUAAAAAGGCAACAACAAAGAGAAUAUACUGGUAAAUACGCACUAUAAACUUGGCACGUUAAGUGGCGAAUAAUUGAAACAUUUACCCGCUAAUAUAGGCGUUCACAUUCUACUCAGAGCCUUCAUACACAACUGAUCUGCGAGACACUGACAAAUCACGAUAUUUUGCGAUAACGGAGUUCAAUAAUUGUUUUAUCAUUAGAUCACCGAGUUUUUUUUUUUUAAUGAAUAUCCUUGGGAAGCGAAGAGAUCUGCCACUUUCACGCAAGAGCGAUCGCAAUAAGGAGAAAAACACGGUUUCCUUUACGCAUGAGUAGAAUAUUAUUUGCAGCCAAACACAGUUGGAAAGCAUUGCGCAUGAGCAGACCAUUAUUUGUAGGCAGUUAUUUGCAGGUCACGUGGUGGGCUCUCGGCUAAUGAAAAGAAGGAAAAGUUUGCUUCGAAGGAUAAUUAUUAUUAUUAUUAUUACUUGGGGGGAGGGGGCCUUUAAAAUAAACAAUGACCAUUCAGCUGAAACAGGAGCCCAUCCUAGUCUUAAAAAUAAGUUUCACUUUCUAUUUUUUCUCUCGUUCUAGUAAGAAGGCCACCCUAUCAUAAUUUAGUGCAAAUGACAGUAGCACUACAAUAUCAGGGUUUGUUCCCGAGUGCAGCAUUGCUGGAUUUACGCGUUUUGAAACUAAUGUCGCACAAAAUUCAUGUAAAUGCGGCAAAUGAGGUGUGGAAAUAAUCUGAAACAAAGGAUUCAAUUCUGAAUCACAAUAAUAAAUAACAAUUAUUCACCGAAGUGGAGGUGGCUAGUCCUGGAUAUUUACCGAACUGCGAAGCAGUUCGGUAAAUAUCCACGACUAGCCACCGACACUGAGGUGAAUAAUUGUUUUAGUAUAUACUAAAACAGUGAGAUAAUUGAGCACAAAAAUGACGAUUUUUAACAGGUCAUAGCGAGAAUGUCGUAGUGGCGGGAACAAGUUAUUAAAUGUAAGAAGUUUUAUCAUUUUGCUAUCGAGAGAGGACUGAACCUCCUUCAGUAUAAAUAACCAUACUAACUUUUUCGGUGAAAAAAAAAGUAAAAUGAAGCUUUCCGGGGUGUAUAUUUUUGGAGAACACGCCAAAAAAAAUUAAAGUUAAAUCUCGUACUCUUUCUCGUCCUCAAAUCUAAAGUUCUCUAAUUUUGAUGCCUGAACUGUGUUACACUCAGUCAAUUUGAACAACGGAUUUAAAGAAUUUAAUCUGUGCUCACAGUUACUGGUUGUGAACCUUUACCUGUGUUAAUUAGAUGACUAUUUUGAACAAUUUCGUGCCCGUGUGCAGUUAUGUAUGUUUUAAUUGCUAAUAAAUGUUUGCUUUAUAAGGAAAGCAGUAUGCAUAAUUUGCGUAUAGUUCUUUUAUUAUGUAUAACGCUUUUACUCCAGGGACACGCUCAGGGGUAACGUGGGUAGAGGUGUACCGCCGGGGCCUCCGAAGCCUAGUGACCCUGUUAUUGGGUUGCCCGUGAAGGCAACGCCCAAUCAAGAAUUACCUUCCAUCUAUAUCGGAAAAAAGACAAAAUGGCGGACGAAACUCCCACAAGGCUUUGCGUGUCCCAGUCUCCCUUCAAUGGGGCCGAUUUUUGCAGGGAGGGGACGAGUCAUUUCAGGUCAUCUGGAAGUCGAUUUCAAAGAAAACAAAAUUAUUGCGCGGAGUUAUUGACCGUAGAGUAUAUCUACGCUGAAUGAUUAUCUAAAUACAGUGUUUGGAAGAAGUAGUUAGCCUGUGCGGGAGCUGCAGAAACAAUGCCCUCCCACGGGCCCCACAGGAAAAGAUUCCACUUGAUGCAAUUCUCUCCCCGCGUGUGAAAAGUCUUUCCUUGUACUACAUGAAAGGAAUAUGCUACUUGUAGGUCGCCCCGUCUAAUAGAAACAUAUUCACUAUCCGACAGAAAAACUGAAAGUUAAGAAAAAGGAAAAUUACUGUUAAAAAAGUAUUUACGACACCAAAAUUGACCCUUUCACAUUUUAUAAGCGUAGAAAGACGAUAAUUUUUGGAACUUCCGGUUAUAUGAGAUUAGUCUUGUUAGUACUGUCAUGCUAUAGUCUUCUUCGGAGGGUGGCAGAGGAAAAGGGGAAGGGGGUGAGUUUUGGAAAUGUCCAAGUUAAAAAUAAUGCCAAUCGUUUCUUCCUUUAAAAGGCUAUCUGCAUUCCAUUCCAAGGGUUAGGAGUAGCUAUAAGCUCAAGCCGUUAAUAAGUGUAAUUAUAAUCUAUACAGUCAACUGUCGGCUUGCGGACACCCCGCUAUAAUGGACACCUCGAUAAUACAGACAGCAGGUAAAUGUUUUGCCAACUAAAAGAUUGCGAAAAAAUUGCACUUAAAUGCAAAAUUACAGCUGUAUAAAGUAAAAAUGUCACCAGAGCGUGAUAGUUCCAAACCCUGUCGCACGAUAACAAAACCAAAAAUUAUAUUUAGAUAAAUUGUGUGCUGAAGUCAUUACUUAGAGUAUUUACCCAUUCACCAUUUUCACAUAGACCAUAAUGCACUUUGUUUACCCCCCAUAAUUUUGCAUAACCAUUGUCUUGGAUUUCUCUUAGGAAGAGUGUAAUACCCGGGAGGGAUUGGAAAAAAUGGGUAUGCAAAAUGGGGGGGGGGGGGAGGGGAGGUAAACAAGGUGCAUUAUGGUCUAUGCGAAAGUGGUGAAUACACAAAAAGGCCCUGUAAUUAUGAAGGAGAUGUCAAAAAAAUCGCAUCGGGAGCACUAAUCAUAACAACUAUUCAGAUCAUUUUACGUUUCUGGGAAACUGCCCACCUACCCCUCCCCUAAGCCAGCAUUUUGCCCUAAGUGAGAAGUAGGUGAUACUGUUCAGUUGGCUUAGGGGAGGGGUAGGUGGGCAGUUUCCCAGAAAUGUAAAAUGAUCCAACUAUUCUGGUGAUUUUUGCAGGCAUAGCAUUAAAAUUUGAAUAAGUUGACGCAUUUUUUUCAGGUUUCAAUCCAUAUCCAUCCUUGCCAUCCGUAGCAACAGACCACAGAAAACGGUUUCAUUGCCUAAAUAUAGUCUUCAAUAACAACACUGGACCAUUCGUUUUGGAAUUCAACUGAUGAGAAACGUUUUAGCAUUGAAAGAAAGACAGCAAAAAGCGUGACAUAUUAGCCACGUUACAGACUCAACAGCUCAAAAACUCCUUCAACAGCUCAAAAACUCCUGGAGGGGCCCGGGGGGCCCGCCCUCUUAUUUUAGACCAAACUGAGGCCUGAAGGGCCAAAAAAAAUAUUUGGUGACCUGAUGUAGGUAAUCUUCACAUUUGUAAUUGGCUAUCGUUAUGAAUAACCGGUAGGUUCUCAUUUUGUUGCUUUGGUUAGCAUCUUUUCUGGUGUCGUUAUUUAUUUCACUUAGCCAUCUUUGUAGUUCGAUAUCCUUAAGUCGUUGCCUGGUCGUGUUUACGAUUCCUAUGUCCCUAUAGUGUGCUUUCAUCCAGAGUUCUCCUAAUCCUAUCUGUUCCAAUAAGCUUUUGAUUUUUUUGCCCCAGAGAGCUUCAUUUUCAUUCCAUUUAAUGUCAUUGUAUGCUAUUUAAGAUAAUUUGUUAUUAUUUUUGAUUAAGGUUAACCAGAACUUAAAGUUCCUACAUUGGGCUUCAAUUCUCAUUGGGAACCUUCCUGUCUCAGCCCUGCACGCCUUGUUAUUGCAGUAUUUAUUAAUUCCCAGCAACCACUUUAGGAAUUUAUUUUGAACCAGUUCUUCUGGAUCCCUUUCUAAUUGUCCAUUGCAAUCAAUCCCCCGCACUUCACUCGCAUAAAAGAGUAUGGGAGAUAUCAGUGCAUCAAACAACUUCAUCGUUAAUUUUAUAUUUUCUCUGAAGUGGUUUCCCAUCUCUUUUCGUAAUUUAUAGAGUGCUUUAAGUGCAACUUUCUUCAGCUCUUGAGGGAGAUUAAAGUUUCCAAAAGGACUCAUUAUGAGUCCAAGAUAUCUGUAGGAUUUGACGUUUUCCAGUUCAUCAGCGCCGUAUCUGAACAAGUAUUUGUUUAAAGACUUACCACAGUUAUUAAAAAUCAUAAUUUUUGUCUUGUCUAAAUUUACACUUAAAACGGCAUUUUCACAGAAAGAUUCCAGCUCAUUAAAGAUUAUUUGAAGGCUUUUUGCUGAUCUAGAGAAGAUCACUACAUCGUCCGCAUAUAAGAGACAAUUUACAGCGGAGCUCCACGCGCGGCGCUUCGAGCUCCAUAGCUAAGGAAAUGUAGUAAUCUACCCAUCAGAGAAAAUUUGGCAAUCACGUGACCGUACACCACCGACCGCCCGCCCGACCAUCCAUCCGCACCACAGGCAUACCAAUGUAAAAUAACUCAAUCAACAGGUAUGGCAACCCAAAUGCAACUCAAAGUUUUAUUUGGAAGGAAAUCACAUGGCCGCCCGGACUUUUAGAAAGAAAAAACAACAACAAAGUCGUGUCUUUUUCGGCGUUAUUUUUUAUGUUUACACUAACGUGGAUAACAGAGAAAGACCUAGAGCGAGUUAUUGAAAACAAAGGAGACGAAUUUCGUAAGAAGAAAAACAUGGAAAUUCAAAGCGGCGGUGAGAAAAUGAGAAAUGCUAGCGGCCAGCAAGGCGAAAAUGAGCGGCAGUGAAAAAUAAAGGCGAACAUGAACACAGGAAACAAAAUAUUGGGUAAGCACAUACGACAAUUCCUCCAUAAAAAUAAUGUGUAACUAGGAAGGCUGACGUUUUAGUCCUACAAAACAGCGUUGUAGUCGUGCAAAACAACGGCAAGGGAAAGACAAAAAAGCGUGCUGCACGUGCAAAUUUGUUUUUUGCUAAUUAGAAGAAAAAGCGUGCUGCACGUGCAAAUUUGUUUUUUGCUAAUUAGAAGAAAAAGUGUGCUGCACGUGCAAAUUUAUUUUUUGCUAAUUAGAAGAAAAAGUGUGCUGCACGUACAAUUUGUUUUUUUGCUAAUUAGAUCUAUUAGUCUUGAAGCCAUUUCAAUUGUCGUCCCAGUUUAGCGUUACACGAUUUAAUUUUUUUUGUUUACACGUAUUAUUAACCAGAGCUUCGCGAAUAGGACUUAUGGCUUCUGAGAACGAGAUGUCACGUCAUUUCAUCCAUGAUAUAAAAUAGGAUAAUUUUCGUUUUAAAUGUUCCUUAUGUAUUAACAUCUCUGUAUCUUUACAGACAACGUUCUAAAACUGAAAUUGGACAAAAUACAAAUAAGGGUCAACACUAAGCUACUCAGUAAGCAGCACUUUCCUAAGGUCUUGAAAUUUAGCUUAACCCGAUGGUACUAUACCUUUGGACAAAUCACUUGUCGAUGAUCAUGCAAUCCCUAUGUGUGACUUGAUUCAAAUGAAAGCAAGCGAGCCGACCGAUUGCACUACAAUUAUACAACACAAUUGACUUUAUUUAAAAGACAUUACACAUACAGCUUUGUUUUUAAAUAAUGCAGUCCCUAUAUAUUCGACUUCCUUGAUUGGAAAGAAAGCUAGCGAGCAGAUGCCAAGCAAUUUAUCAGGAAACACCCCCACUUUUGGUGACAUUUUUGAAGUCCGCGUGACUGAUUAUUUCAUCGUAAGAGGAAUAUUUGAAAAUAUUUUCGGCACCAGCGGUUGCUAUGGAAGACGAUGGAGUGGUUUAUCUGAAAAACUCAGAUAUGAUUUUAGCCCUUUUUCUCUUUGCCAAAGAUAAACCUGACGUUAAAUAAUCGUGCUUAACUACUUUUUUUUACACCCUUUUUUUAAACUUAUUGAAUUGGAUUUCAUCUCCUUGGUGAUGUAGGGACGAAAUUGAGGUACGAAAAAAUUCUAAGGUAUGAAAAAAGCCAAAUAUUACUCAGUGCGCCACUCAUGACCCAAAUUCAUAACCUAUGGCCAAUAAAACAAGAGCUACCAGGGGGUACUUCCUACGCUUCUGUUAAUGAUGCUGCAAAAAGUGGUCUUCAAUUCUGACUCCCUGGGGUUUCAAUAAAAAUUAAAGUAGCCAGCAGGUUUGAAAAAAGUAACCGACUGUAUCGAAAAGAGGCUUACUCCCCAUCUUCUAGAGGGGUCUGGGGGCGUGCGUGCCUUGAAAAUUCCGUUAAAGUUACGGGAUUUUACGCUAAAGGUCGCAAGACCCGUGAUUUCACUCAUGUUUUCUAUUAUAUAAAAAAUAGUUAAACCUGUUCAUUACGUGAAAUACAGGGUUUAAAAAGAAUUUAUAAAAUUUAGUGAAGCAAAAAUAUUGUUUAGGUCCAGCAAAUUGAAUUUUAAUACAAGUUUUGACAGAAUCUUUUUUUUAAUUUGAUACUUUCAUCUUCCAAUUUCGGGGGCAAAAGUAACUGACUUCUCUGAUCCAAGUGGCCGAAAUGUUUAGUCGGUCGUCGGUGCCUGUUGAAACCCCUGUCAUUCAAAUAAACGCUUCUGAGAAGUAAGUCCCUGUGAUAUUGUUUAUGUGUUGGAAAUAACUUUGGAGACUGUUGAUGGAAUCCCACAAUGUGAUCAUCUGAGCAGUACUUUCCUGUGUCACGGAUGACAGGUGUAUGCAAAUAUGACAUUCGGCAGCAUAAAAACACCAAAACGUUGAUAACUAUCCGCAGUCGAGUCAAGAUUAACCAAUCGAGCAGUACCUUGGAUCUCUUAGUGCAAAUAUACACCCGAGCCGAGACAAGAACACUUCAAAGAGGGAAACCUACGAUACAGAACCGUUGAGUCUGUUGUGGGAUACCAAACGCGACAAUGACGGACACGAACGAGACGCUGCUGCAAGUGAAUGGUGGCGGCGGCGGUGGCAGGAGGUCACCUUCACCUAUGCGGAUUGUUCGACGCUCAAGCUACAAAACGUCCGAUCUUUCCCAAGCUUCAAAGCCAGGCGACAUCACGAUCCAGCGUAUUUCCGAGGCGAAGGGCUACCUCAAUGAUUUCGAGCAGUUGUAUCGGAAACACAGAGCAGAGAUUGAUGGCCUCAAGAGGGAACAUGCAAGCGAGGUGGGUCAAGCGAGCUGGCGCCCUUUUUGCGUGUUUUUUUCUCGAUUCUUAGAGUAAAUGGAGGCACGCAAAAUAGUAAAGAAUAUAUUAAGACUUAAAAAGGUUGUUUGAGUAAAAAUAGCAAUACAGCGGUGUCUUACGACUAAGUUCAGCUUCGAAGACUUAAAGAAGCGCUAGUACGCGAAACAGCGCGAAUUUCUCGGUACAUGACGCUAGCUUAGCAAAGACGCAAUCGAUGAAGUGCAGAAGAGUAUUUAAACAAGAUCAAGACAAAUUUAUUCUACAAGGUGUGAACUAAUUAAAAAUGGGUUUUUUGGGGGCGAUUUUUCGUGAAUAUCACGGUCGGCCCUUGAAAGCAUAAGAAAUACAUAGCCCUAUACAAAAGCUCUGUCAAAGAGGUUUAACUUAAAUGGUAACAUCAUAGGAAUUCUUCAACAGCUUCAGUUUUAACAGGGCAUGAAAUCAACCCUUCUGUCCGAAAGCCUUACUUGGCGGAUAAUUCCAAAAGGUCAGUCACCUGAUUUGUAUUUAAUAAGAAAUGAAACUUAUGCUGGCGGAUGACAUGCAUUAGAAACAUCUAGUCUACCUCAAAGUGAACUACUAAGAGGACACUAAACCCUUUAAGUCCCAAGGGUGACCAAUAUAUAUUUUCUCCUAACAAUAUUAUUAAAUAAUAAAGAGAAAACGUUAGGAGAAUUAAUGAAAUAAUCACAUGAGGGAGAAUGCUCUGAUCUUUUAUCAAAUUCUCUCAACUAUUCUCUAAGGAAGUGUAUAAAGGUCUGUUUGGAGAAUUGGUAUGUGGAUAUAAGGGCUAAAAGGGAUUAGAUAGCAAAGCAAAACGUAUGGAAAUCAAAGAUGGCAUCCAGUGACUUCUCUUUUUUUUCGAGCAAAUCGAGCCAAUUUUCGGACACAAGCUUGGCUUCAAGCAAUUCACAAGGUCUUCAAGUGAGCUGGGUUGAAGAAUUCUAGUCCCCAGUUUGGCGACUUACUCUCAAAGUCUGAUUGACAACGCCAAAAAUUUAGGCGCCCGGAAAUUUCAUGCGCUGAUAUUGCAUUAUUUCCUUAACUUCCUUAGUAAGGCAAAGACACUCUUUAUUUCCGAUGUCUUAGUAGAGUAACAUUUAGCAAAGCCAAGCAAUGAAGGGAUUUCCAUCGACACUAACACCUCGCUUGAAUUGUUGCGUAACAUUACUGUACAUACAUUCCUUUUUAAUAAAUAUUCUCCGAUGUAUAAUCUAAUGGCUUUACUGGAGUGCAAUUGAAAUGCGAAGACCAUCUAAUUAUUCGAAGGUUCUCAGAUUAGUAUCUCAGUGCUGCUGGAGAGACACGAGGCGUGAGACAUGCCCAAGGAAGACUCCCAUAAGAAAGAGGCGGGUAUGCUCGUCGGAAAUUUUGAAUUGAAAAUAUAUAAUUUUUUAAUAUUUCUUCGCGUGCAACCCUAAAAGAGACCUUUACGGCUAAAUAUAAUGGAACACCCUAAGAGAGACAAAAAUACGAAACUUACACCCUAAGCGAGACGACGAGCAUCCCAAGGGAGUCGCCCCGGGGAGCUAUGCUGCUGUAUGCUCCUAACGCCAUUAUGCCCCCUUCAAACCACGAAAACCUAUACAUUUUAAGUCCAAAUAAAAGAGGUUCAACAAUAUAUUCUUUGCCUCGUUUAAAUGUUAUUCGAUCCUAAGGCCUUGUCCACACGUAUCCGGACAUUUUUGAAAACGGAGAUUUUUUUCCCCGUUUUCAAAACAGUAAGUGUCCACAUGUAGCGAAUUCAAAUGGUUUUUGCCCAUCAACACGAAAACGCUAAAUCGAUACAAAUACGAUAGCGUAACUUACCGGGCGUGGGCUGUAUGGUCUAUGACAUCAUCGUAGUCGAAAACCUCUAUUUUCGUCCGUGCACACAAAAACGAUAUUCCAACGUUUUCAACAAUCUCCACGCCAUGGACGGUUGUCAAAAAUCUGCGUUUUUGACGCCCCAAAAAUUCCGUUUACGCGUGGACAGAAGGCUAAUAACGCAGAAAAAUCUCAGUUUUCAAAAAUAUCCGGAGCCUAAAUCUGCCCUCACACACAAUUUUUCGUUAGCUAAUGGGCUAUUUGGGUUCGUCUAUCAAAAAACGUAGCCGUUACCUCAUGUUUAUAUUACUUCAACGCAAGAAUCUUUGGACGCUCCAGUUACUCAGAUACUGAAGGCUCUAUGGCAAGCAAGGUCGAAAUUUAGUUACAAUUAAACCAGCCACUAAGUCCGAACACUUUGACAGGGUUGAACCUCACAGUGGUGCAACCUCAAUCAUAUUACUUGCACGCAACACUGAAAGCUUCAGUGUUAAGGUUUUAAAACGCUUAGGAUCAGAAAGAAAAGGACCGACACACUCACUCAACCUGCCUUCUCGCGCGCGAGACGUUUCUUUGCAUCAUUUUUACGAGUGCUUUUCAACACUUUCUUUUCUGUAUGUAUAUGCGCAACAUAUGUAAAUCAUUUUCUUCGCAUUUUAUUUUUGAUGAUGAAGGAAUAACAUCCUGGAAACAUCAUGUUAAAUUCUUAUCGGUAAUGUCUCUUUUAAAUGCCUGGCUGUUAAAAUGUCCAAACAAUUUCCUUACAUAACUUAACCUCCCACGCUCUAACUAGGAGCUCACGCUAGUGACCAAAAGGUCAAAGCAGCGAUUUUUGUUGGCAGACUCCUUAAUUCCAAUCGCCUGCGUCACCUUAAAUACAAAUGUAAGGAAAUUUUCACUUCGUUUUCAAGGGCCCAAUAUCUUUAAUUCCCUUAGCUCUGAAAUUCAGAAUGCCUCUAGUACUGCUAAGCACACUUUUGCUCUCCUACUGCAUGUGUGUAGUUUUUCGCUUUUUUUUCUCGUUUAUUCUUGCAUUAUUUUUUCUCACUUACACGUUCAGACUUUUCUAUUUUUAUCCUAUUUAAUGAUUAUUUUCUAUGUUCCAAACAAAUUGUGCGUACUUUGAUUUAAAUUGCCGAUGUUAGUAUUGUAAUUAUUAAUGAGAUAACAUAAUUUUAAAAGGUGGUCCUAUACACAAGCCUUAUUGGCUUCCUUGGGCUCCUUUGCCUCAUCUUUUUUACAAUUUUAUAUGCAUACUUUGUGUGUAUGGCAAAAUGAUAAUAAAACAAUAAAACAAUACAAUAUUUUCAGACCCCACGGUAACCACAAGGAAAACGUCGAUCUUCGUAGGAGUAACUGUUAAAAUAGAAAGACGGUUUUCAGCUCAGGUUUUUUAUAUUUUCCCUCUUUGCUUUGUGUUUAUUGUUUUUCACUCCCUAAUGUCUCGUUUAUCGAUAUUUUUUUAUCGACACUAAGACGCCCAUUAAACCUCCACCCAAUAUCCUGUACAGAAUUAAAAAUAUUUGACAUUUCUGCCAGAAAUAAAAACAUAUAAUUAGAAAGUAUACAUUGCUUAUCACUUCUAAUAGUUACUUAUAAAUAAAACAAAGACAGUGCGCGUAGGCAGAAGUUGAUAUAUAAUUUCUCUGGAUUAUUCACACUUUAUUUUCAUUAAAAAAGGCAACAACAAAGAGAUUAUACUGGUCAAUACGCACUAUAAACUUGGCACGUUAAGUGGCGAAUAAUUGAAACAUUUACCCGCUAAUAUAGACGUUCACGUUCUAAUCAGAGCCUUCAUACACAACUGUUCUGCCAGACACUGACAAAUCACGAUAUUUUGCGAUAACCGAGUUCAAUAAUUGUUUAUCAUUCGAUCACCGAGUUUGUUUUUUUAACGAAUAUCCUUGGAAAGCGAAGAGAUCUGCAAUUUUCACGCAAGAGCGAUCGCAAGAAGAAGAAAAGCACGGUUUCCUUUACGCAUGAGCAGAAUAUUAUUUGCAGCCAAACACAGUUGGAAAGCAUUGCGCAUGAGCAGACCAUUAUUUGUACGCAGUUAUUUGCAGGUCACGUGGUGGGCUCUCGGCCAAUGAAAAGAAGGAAAAGUUUGCUUCGAAGGAUAAUUAUUAUUAUUAUUACUUAGGGGGAGGGGGCCUUUAAAAUAAACAAUGGCCAUUCAGCUGAAACAGGAGCCCAUCCUAGUCUUAAAAAUAAGUUUCACUUUCUAUUUUUUUUCUCGUUCUUGUAAGAAGGCCAUCCUAUCAUAAUCUAGUGCAAAUGACAGUAGCACUACAAUAUCAGGGUUUGUUCUCGAGUGCAGCGUCGCUGGAUUUACGCGUUUUGAAACUAAUGUCGCACAAAAUUCAUGUAAAUGCGGCAAAUGAGGUGUGGAAAUAAUCUGAAAUAAAGGAUUCAAUUCUGAAUCACAAUAAUAAAUAACAAUUAUUCACCGAAGUGGAGGUGGCUAGUCCUGGAUAUUAACCGAACUGCGAAGCAGUUCGGUAAAUAUCCACGACUAGCCACCGACACUGAGGUGAAUAAUUGUUUUAGUAUAUACUAAAACAGUGAGAUAAUUGAGCACAAAAAUGACGAUUUUUAACUCAAAUACUGUUGCCAACGAUUACAAUUUUGGCGCGUAAUGACCGGGCGGCCGUGGCUGUCGCUUUUUCUUGCCGAGAAUUAAAACUUUUGAAGGCAUUUGUUUAGCUCUUGCGGGAAAAUUUCUUCAAAGGAGUUGUGAAUUCUUUCUGUAUUUAAAAUCAUUCUAUAAAAAAAGAUUAUGAAAUUUAGUUUUAAGCUUAUAUAUGAACAACUCAACUAAAUAAAGUAAGCAAGACUUAAACUUAAUUUGCAUUUGUAAACAAAAAACUUUUUCACCGGUUUUAUCGAUAAAUUCGUGUCAAAAAGACAAAGCUUUACCUGUUAAAAUUUCCAACCCGAACUUCGUCACCCUCUUCGUGUAUUUCGGAAACAGCUUGCUUGAUUAGUUGUGAGAUUUCUUUGUUUGUUUACGGCAGCAAACCGGGAAGGCAUUUUACUCGCAACUUACACGAGUUUGGCGUCGCUCGCGCGGAGGAACUGGAGGUGAAUCAGUGAAUAGUGCAGGAUAUUUACUGAUUGAGCAGCCAAUCAGAGCGCGCGAAAAACACUAUCCACUGUUUAAGUAUAUACUAAAGUCGAUUACAUAGGCGAGAAAGCAAGGUUACGGUGCGAUCAUGAACAGGAGGGAAAUUUACCAGUUACUUGCGUUUAAAAUUACGUAUACACCAGAAGCAGUUAACCAAAGGAUCAAAAACUAAAAAAAGAGAUAAACCAUGCCUUAUUUCAAUGCGCUAUAAAUGACAUUAAUAUAGACCAUGAACCAAUUACUAUUUCACUUCACAUGUCAGCCUCAACUUACAGGAACUUACAGAAAAGCCACAACAAAACGGUGGAAAAAAGAGAGUGUCCAAAGAAGAAAAAAAAAUUAAACAUGAUCAAAUUUUUUGGGCCCUUUGUGUUGAAAUACAGGCCCAUUACAAUAUAGAGCUUUUGAUUCUAAGACGAGUACGACUACGAGUAUAAGAUUUUCUCAAUUACUAAGUAGUGCGCGCGCGUGAACCAGCGUUAUUUUGGCGGGAAAACGUGAUAGUCGUCGUCAUUCUACUACGAGUUUUAGCGAGAAUGUCGCGUUAGCGGACACAAGUUUUAAAGUGCUACAGGUUUUAUUAUUUUGCGGCUGGGAGAUGGCUUAAACCUCUUUCAAUCAAGAUAACAGUGCUAAUUUUUUGAGUGAAAAAGAUGUACAAUGAAGCUUUCCGGGGUGUCUAUUCUUUGAGAAUACGCGUAUUGGCCAUUAUAGGGAGUACCCCCCACCCCCGGGGUAUUCGCCAUUGUAGGGAGUAUCUCCCCCAACCCCCGGGGUAUUCGCAGGAUCGUGAUAACCCUGAAGGCGCAAUAGUGUAGUUUUUGCAGCCUAUUGACCAAUUCCUUAGUAACACCGUCCCACACAGGGCCUUAGAAUUCGAAAUGUAACGCGAUAAUAGCUCGAUGAAAUCGGCCUCAGCCUCUUCAGUGCUAUACCAGAGAAAAUGGUCUUCGCAAUUUCGCUUACAAGUUUGGACAGUGUUUUGAACCCUAUACAAGUUACCCGCCCGGUGAAUGGAGGUCUACGACAAGUCACCGAUAAUAAACACUACAGAACCGCAAGCAUCCGUUGAGCAUUAUAGUCCGCUUGGUAAAAAUUUGCAGUGACGGAUAAUCAUCAAGUUUUUGUUGCAUAUAAAAGCAUUUUAAGAUGGAUAUUAGUGAAUCGGAUAUACAAGGGACGAACUGAACGAUUUACCGCUUAUCCGUUUAAUUAUCCUUUAAGCCCCAAUAUCCACAUACAAAUUCUCCAGAAUGAUCUCCAUACAUUCUCUUAAAGAAUUAGUUGGGAGAAUUCGAUAAGAUCAGAGCAUUUUCUCUGAGGUGAUCAUUUUAUAAAUUCUCAUAACCUUUUCUCUUGAUGAAGUGUGGAUAUUGUUAGGAGAAAAUUGAUGUCGGUCGCUUUUGAGACUUUAGGGAAUAGAAACGACUUUCAACCGACUCAUGUGUUCCGCAUUCACUGUCUUAUAGGUUCAAAAACUUAGUCUGGAAAUCGAGACCUUGAAACGGCAGAAAAGGCAGACAGAGGAGCAACUACAGAAGAGCAAGAGCGAUAGAAACGUUCUGAGUGAAGAGCUUGCCUCCAUCCGAAAAACACUUUUCAUGCGCGAGGCGGAACUGGAAGCGAUUAAAAGUGAGUUGUCAACAAAAAACAACACCAUCGUGUCACUUAAGGCUGACAAGGAAGCACUGCAGCGGGAGCUAGAGACAGUUAAUACUGAAAUGGUUGUCAGUGAGUCGAUCACCGUUGAGGAGUCGGCUCCAGUGGAGGCAGAAUUCUUCAGCACACAGGUCUCGGAGUACGAAGCCACCUUAAAAAGUUCAGUGGAAGAAAAAGAGGGACUGCAAGAAGAGGUUCUUGACUUACAGUCUAAGCUGGCCAAAUUACAGGCUGAUUACGAUAGAGCGUUCAGGGACUUGGAUGCCACGAAAAAAGAGUGCGAUCUCAGGGUGAAGAAGUUUGAAAUGCAGCUACAGAAUUCCCAGAAGCAACGCGAGGAUCUUAAGAGGCAGCUAGAGAGGCUACGAGACGAUCUGAAGAAAAGCAAGGAAGCGUUAUCAAGCGCGCAAAAGGAGGCUGUCAACAACAAGCGUGCAGCUGAUAAGCUCCGGGAUGAAACAGAGGGGAAGAACAGGCAGAUCCGAAACUUAGAGCAGAAAAACCAGGUACUGGAAGAACAACUGGACCAACUGAAACAGCAACUGUCCCAGACUGAGGUGCGUUUAAAGGUAGAAGCCAAACACGUUAAAGAUUUCGAAAACGAGCUUCGUUCCUCUGAAAGGCGAGUAGCUGAACAGGAAGCGACGAUCGAGAACUUAAGAUCCAGCAACGAAGAUCUCCAACGUGAGCUUGCCAUUGCCAACAGUAGGGUCGCAACCCUAGAGAAUCAAAAUGGUAAAAUAACAACUCGAAUAAGGGAGUUGGAGAACGAACUGGAGCGCUGCCAGGUGCGUAUGAAAGAAGUGGAAAGCGAGUACAAGAGUGUCAACAGCAAAUACGUACAGCUUCAAUCGACACAUGAUUCUAACUUGAGUGAGGUAGACGGGCUACGCUCCAGAGUAGGGGGACACCAGACUAAGAUAGAAGAGCUGGAAUCUCACCAUUCCAUCACUACCAAAGAGAGAGAUGACCUCAAGUUACGUGUAACUCCACUGGAGAAAAAGAUCGCAGAGUUACAAUUAGCUGUGGAAAAGAGCGACAGUUCGCGUGAAGAAGUGGAGCGAGAGAAGGACUCCCUCAAAGCUAAGAACUCAAGUUUGGAGGCGAAGCUUUCCACAGCUAACAAAGCAAAGGGGCAGCUAAGGGCAGACUUGGAUGCUGAAAAGGACAAGACCUCGCAGAUAAGGAAAGAGAUCGUAUCGCUACAGACUCAAAUAACAGAGACACAGCGUACUCUUGACAAAGGCAAGAACGAGAACGCAAGAAAACAAAAAGUCAUCGACGACUUGAAAGAGACGAUCCGCCGCCUUGAAGGUACCAUUCACGAAAAAGACCAGGAAGUGCAAGAACUCAACAUUCAGAACAACAUGCUUACAGAUGAAAAGGAAGAACUAAACGAUGAAGUAAUGGAUGUCAAGAGGAAACUAGCUGAACUGGAGGAGGAUAUAAGUCACCUACAAGAAGAGAAGGAUAACAAUGAACGAGAUUUACUAGAUACACAGAAGAAAAACUCUGAGCUUGAGAACACACUGGAAGGCGUUGAGAAAGAAAAGGGGGAUCUCGAAGUUCAACUGUAUAACUUGAAACAGAAUCUUCUGCGCGUGGAGGCAGAACUUCGUGACGCCUUAAGUAACAAGGCAGUGCUAGACGAAGAUGCUACGAAAAACGAGGAUAUUGUUAAAAGGCUUAACGAGGACAUAAACCGAUUAAAAGGGCAACUCACUGAGGCACAGCGACAAAUUGAUACCUACCGCAGAGAAGCAGACAUCAAAGAUGCGACAAUCGCGGCACUCAAAGCUCAACUUGGAGACCUUGAACAAGAGAAUGAUAAUCUCAGAGCAGAGCUUUCGAAGACAAAAGCACUAUUAGCAGCUAUAGAGGAAGAAAGCAGGAAACUUCAAAUAGAGCUCAACACAAAGAAUGAGGAGAUCUAUCGAUUAACUGAAGAAAUUGACAUUACGCUAAAAAAGAACGAAGAGCUUCAGAAUGAAUGCAUUGUGGUUGCUGACAGAGUGAGCACUGUCGAGACCAGUUAUCAAGAAUUUAAGAGUUUCUCGGUAGGCAAUGAUAUUCAACAGGAAAACGAGCGACAAAGCACGGCGCAACUGCAAAGAGAGAUCAGAAACCUCACAGCUAAGAUAAAAAAACUAGAGGAAAGAGACCAAAGCAAAGAAGUCGAUCAUCUGAAGGCGCAACUCGAAGCUGCCAACGAAGAGAUUGCCACCUUGCAGGAUCGCCUUGCACAAAUGGAAAGAGAGAAAACUGACCUCGAGCGAGAUAUCGCGGUUGUCAAAACUGAUCUUGCGCAGAAGGAAAACGACUUGGAAGCUGCACUAAAAGAUAAAGAAAAAGCGGAGGAUGACCUACACAGUAUUCAAGCGAAGAUUGACAAUUUAGAAAGCAAACUAGUCGCUGCACGCUUUCAGAUUGCUCAACUGAAAAACAACUUGAAGGAAGCUAACCAUAAGAACGUGAGGGCAAAAGAGACAAUCAACGAUCAUCAAGUGAAAGUAAGCCAGCAGGAAAAAGUGAGCGAGGGACUGAAAAACGCAAAUGUAAAGAAAGACAAAGUAAUCGCCGAACUAAAUGAAAGGCUAAAGAAGUUACAAAACGAAUUGGCCGAUGUGAAGCGCGAAGUUAUAGCUACCAAUGCAAUUGUUGAGAAUCUUAGAUCAGACAAAAAGAACUUGGAACGUAAAUUGGGAGAUGAAGAAAAACGAAUUCGGCUACUGGAAAACGAGAUAAAAGACUUGAAGACACAAAGAAAUACUUUGGAGACCGAACUAAGCAACAAGACGCAUAAGCUGGCGAUCACGGAAUCCCAGACAAACAGUCUUAAAAAGGAACGAGACAACUUGAGAGAGGAGGUGAAGAAUCUGAACGACCGACUGAAGAUAAUCAAGGAAGAGAAUCUAACUUUACAGACAGAAUUUCAUCGUUUGGAAAAAGAGCUCGAGCUCCGUGCGAAAGAGGUUUUGGAGAGGGAUUCAACGAUUAAAAGGCUGAAAGCCGCGAAGACCUCUGCUGACGAUGAACUCCUAGGAGUAAAGAAGGAAUUAAUGACAACCAGAAAUGCUCUUGAUGUCUCGCAGGACAAGAUCAAAUCGUUGGAGACGAACAUCAAGCAAACAAAUAUCAACAUGAAUAAACUGGAAGUGACCAUUCAGAACGUGAACAGAGAGCGCGAGGAAAACGUUAGCAGCAGUUCCAGUCAAGACACUCAGUACAUCGAGAUUGAAACCCUUUACAAAGCCAGCCAGGACCGUGAGAACCGCUACAAGCAAGAGAUACAAAUCCUUAAAACGCGAUCAGAGAAAAUUGACGCUGAUUAUCGUAAAGCUCAACGAGACAAUGUAGAUCUUCGAGCCAAAAUCAAUGCCUUGAACAAGAAAGUCAGAGACCUACAGACAGCCUUAGAUCGAAGUAACAAGGAAAAACAGGCGACAAAAAGCGAUCUCGAAACUGCAAACAACGAGUUGGUCACUAUUGAAGUGGCAUACGACAAUGAGACCAAAGAGAAGGACUCCUUUAAGAAGCAACUGGAUGAUGCUCUAGAGAAGUUAGAAAAGGCAAGGAAACAGAUUAUGGACCUUGAGCAUGCCAUUGUGGAAAUCAAGAUACAACUUGAAGAAGCGGAAAAGGAGGCAGCAGAGAAAGACAACGAGAUUCGAAAUUUGAAAGCCGGCAAAGACUUUUUAGAGAACCAACUUGAUGCUGCGAAGUCCCGCUUGGAAGAUGCACAACAAGAAAACGACAAACUUCAAGCUGAAGAUGUCCGCAAACAGAAUGAGAUUCUAGAGUUACACAACAAGAUAAAUGAGUUGGAAGCUCGCAUCGUUAAACUGACGGGUGAGAAAGAAAGAGCACUUGACGAGACCCAAGUCAAAGCUGAGAAAAUCGCUACUUUGGAAGCGCAAAUAAGAGAUUUGACAAACGAGAAAAACACGCUCUUAGAGAAGAUUGAGGAAUUGAAAAAGGAGGUCAAUGCUCUCCGAGAGGAAAGAAUAAACGUUGACAGGCAGCUCGCAGAAUUCCAGAGCAAGAUUAGCUUCUUGAACAAAGAAAUUGAAAACCGGGAUAAAAUCAUCACUGACUUGAAAAGCAAAGAAGAAAUCCAAGAUACGGAAAUCGACAAUAUGAGGAACAACUUGAGAAGAUGGGAGAAUGACCAUGAAUCCGCCUUACAAAAGAUCCAGGAGCUUGAAAAGGUGUACCGCUCGUCCAGUGAAAAGAUAACUCUGAUCGAGACCAAUAGCGACAGCAACAGUGACAGAGCAAGGCGACUGGACGAAGAGAACAUAGCCUUGAAACGAAGAAUUGCGGAACUUGACAUUUCCAAUAAGGUUAGCGAGGAAAAAGGCAAAGAGCUCCAGGACCAACUUCUCCGCGCCCAAGAACAGAUUCUCAACCUUGAGUCCUCGUCAUCGAUGGAAUAUUCUUUUCAGGUACAAACGGACACCGUCUUAGAAUCCGCAGGAGACGAAGUUGAGGUUGAAAUCAUGAAGAGGGAUUUGGAGGAUCUCAAAGAUAAGAAUACUACCCUCGAGAAGCAGCUUCGACAGCUGAACUCUACAAAGACACAGCUACAAUCUCAAGUGGAUGAACGAGACAAGAAACUGAAGGAAAACGACGACAUAACCUUAGACUUACAAAGGCGCAUUCAAGAACUCACCAUCCGCCUUGAGAAAACAGGAGACCAGACCGACGCCCCAGGAACUAUUGCUUCCCUACGCGCACAAAAGGACGCUUUGGAACGCGAUAACCAGAUACUGAUGAAGGAGUUGGAAGCUACCAAGGCCACUUUAUCCGACGUAAAGCAGCGUCGUAAGGACGCUGAAAGCCAACUUUAUCAGAUCAAGCGAAAGCUCAAUGACAGUGAGCUGAAGCUCAACAUGGCAAAUACACAGAACGAGAACCUUCACCAAGAGCUGCUUAGGGCGCAAGAGAAGAACCACGCUUUGGAGACUGAGAAAGAUCGUGCAUUACAAGACCACGCCAACCUGCGCGGGGAGUUGGCGGAGACUCAAGAUCGUUUGCAAAGGACAAAACACGAGCUAGAAUCACUCAAAAUGAAAGUGCGCGACCUUCAAGGAGAGAUUCAAACUUUAAGGAGCGAACUGGACGACAGUCACAGCAAGAUUGAUUGGUAUGUGAACAAUGAACGCCAGCUUAAGGAAAACAUCACCUCAUUGAACAAGAAGAUUGACAACAUGAGAGAUGCCAAUGACAAGCUUUCAGAGACAAUAGACAACUUAAACGCGAAGAUACAGGAAAAAGAAGCCAAAAUUGGCGAUCUUGAACACCGCAUGACCCUGCUCCGCGACGAGAAUGAGAAGCUGAGAAGAGAUUUGGCCACAGCUAAUGCCAACGCCGCCGACUUUAAAAAAAAGUAUCUGAAUGCCUUGAGCGAUACCGAGAAGUUGCAGACCGAGCUGAACAUGAAGAUACAGAGGAUACGCAACCUGGAAAUUCGUAUCAAGACCUCGGACACAGACAAGAACCGCCUAAAGCAGGACAUCAGUACACUAAAGAAAAACCUCUCAGAGCAGAAAAUUCAACUUGAAGGCAGUCGCCAGGCGAAGGAUCGUAUCACUACUAGCAUGAUUGUGCAGAAUGUCUCCACCAGCCUUCAGUCGGCCCCAGAAACGUUCCCGUUCCAGGUCAAGGAUGAGACAGCCGUUUCGAAAAAAUACAACGACCUUGAAUUAUCGUACAAGAAGAUAAUCAGAGAGAAAGAGGAUGGCGAUAAAGACACCGUGGCACUACGAAACAAAGUGGGCAGGUUGGAAAGUGAACUCGCAGACUUGAACAGGACCAAGAAUGCCCUUGAGGGAGACUCAAUGUGGAAGAACAAAAGAAUCGAGCAGCUGGAGAAGGAAGUUUACGACUUACAGUCCAGGGACAUGGUUGAUUCUGAUGAAGCCCUUGGCUGGAAGAACACCAUCACUCAGAUGCAACAGGACUUGGACAGCGCUAAGAACAAAAUGUUCCGUCUGGAAGCUAGGAACGAAACGUACGAACAAAAGAUCAAGGACUACAGCGAAGAUUUGAUCAAGGCGAGAGAGAGGGUGGCCCAGCUUGAAGCUAGAGCAGAUGAGGACCAGAUUAAGAUUGAAGACAAGCGAAGGGAGCUGAUGGAGGCGUACAAAAAGGCGGCAGACUUCGAGGCGGCAAUGAAAUCCAGUAAUAAUACCAAAGGUGAGUUGAAUGGGCUGAUACAGACCUUGCGUGACAAGAUCAAAACUUUAGAAGACAGACUUCAAAAGGAAGCCAAACAGAACGCUCAAGUGCGAGGCACACUUGAUCAAGUGAAGUUAAAGAACGAAGAUUUGAAACUGGAAAUCGCCAAGCUGCAGAAGAAGCUAAGGGAAUCUCAACAGCAGUACGAGUCACAGGUACCUUAGAUAUUCAUUUAAUCGUUAACCUCCGAGAAUAUUCGAGAAUCGUCGGCUUUUCGUGGGAAACCAGAAAUGACAAAUUAUCUUUACGUUGCUUCAAGCGACCUGGUCCUUAACUAAAAAGCGUGCAUCUGAUCACGUUUUCAUUUACUAUACGGGCGUAAGCAAUGCGGAGGUGAGAGUACAGAAAAGCCUGUUGCAACCCGUAUAAGUCUGCAUGCGUUCUCUCUCACAAAGUUUUUUUACGAGUUUUUGUUGUAGUUGUUUUCGUCCAUUUUCUAAUCUUACUGUUGUAAGCAAGUUCUUUCCUAAGAAAAUAAAUUUCCGGGCAAGAAUUGCACAACGAACAAAGAACCUCAUACAAACCGUCUAGACGAAAAAUCUUCCGCUCAUUUUUUUUACUUUACUUGCAUUUGCCGAAACACCCGAUCAAAUCUACGCAUGCAAAUUCUUUUUUCCAAUAAUGUUGCUUCAUUCGCCACGAUUUUUGCUACAGCCAAGCGAGGAAUAAGCGCUAAACAGUUUGUCAGAGGCAAUCACAUGUUGCGGCCAUAUUUUAGCCGCAAACAACGGGCGUUGUGCGGGUUUCUUAUCAGGCUCAAUUUUACUGCACCCAGACAACUCCUACAAUUCGGCCUGAUCUUAUCCUGUACAUUUGGUUUAUCGUUUGGUGCCAGAAUGUUUUGGUAUAUGAUAGUUUUUAGCUUGAGAAUUCGACAGAUAGUCACAGUGGGGAUGGCAUUGCUAGUUUCAUGUCUUUUUUAAUUAUUUAAAACCUCUAAUCAUUCCAGGUGCGAGGGUGGUCAGAGGCAAAAUACACUAUCGAAGGUUUGGAAAAAGAGAACGACGAUCUAAUGGCUCAGCUUGAAAAACUCAGGCGCGAAAUUGCAAUCCUCAGAAAUGACCAGGACAACGCGACAAGGGAGAGAACCGAUUUGCAGAGCGAGUCGAAACAGCUGCAAACCAGAGUAGAUGACCUUGAGAAUCAACUNCUGGAAAUCGCCAAGCUGCAGAAGAAGCUAAGGGAAUCUCAACAGCAGUACGAGUCACAGGUACCUUAGAUAUUCAUUUAAUCGUUAACCUCCGAGAAUAUUCGAGAAUCGUCGUCUUUUCGCGGGAAAUCAGAACUGGCAAAUUAUCUUUAAGUUGCUUCAAGCGACCGGGUCCUUAACUAAAAAGCGUGCAUCUGAUCACGUUUUAAUUUACUAUACGGGCGUAAGCAAUGCGGAGGUGAGAGUACAGAAAAAGCCUGUUGCAACCCGUAUAAGUCUGCAUGCGUUUUCUCUCACAAAGUUUUUUUACGAGUUUUUGUUGUAGUUGUUUUCGUCCAUUUUCUAAUCUUACUGUUGUAAGCAAGUUCUUUCCUUAGAAAAUAAAUUUCCGGGCAAGAAUUGCACAACGAACAAAGAACCUCAUACAAACCGUCUAGACGAAAAAUCUUCCGCUCAUUUUUUUUUACUUUACUGGUAUUUUCCGAAACACCCGAUCAAAUCUACGCAUGCAAAUUCUUCUUUCCAAUGAUGUUGCGUCAUUCGCCACGAUUUUUGCUACAGCCAAGCGAGGAAUAAGCGCUAAACAGAUUGUCAGAGGCAAUCACAUGUUGCGGCCAUAUUUUAGCCGCAAAACAACGGGCGUUGUGCGGGUUUCUUAUCAGGCUCAAUUUUACUGCAUCCAGAGAACUCCUACAAGUCGGCCUGAUCUUAUCCUGUACAUUUGGUUUAUCGUUUGGUGCCAGAACGUUUUGGUAUAUGAUAGUUUUUAGCUUGAGAAUUCGACAGAUAGUCACAGUGAGGAUGGCAUUGCUAGUUUCAUGUCUUUUUUAAUUAUUUAAAACUUCUAAUCAUUCCAGGUGCGAGGGUGGUCAGAGGCAAAAUACACUAUCGAAGGUUUGGAAAAAGAGAACGACGAUCUAAUGGCUCAGCUAGAAAAACUCAGGCGCGAAAUUGCAAUCCUCAGAAAUGACCAGGACAACGCGACAAGGGAGAGAACCGAUUUGCAGAGCGAGUCGAAACAGCUGCAAACCAGAGUAGAUGACCUUGAGAAUCAACUCCAGAAGGCUGUGGAAGAGAAGAGUAGGUUCCAAAAAGAAUUAAACGACACGAAGAACGAGGAGACGCUUCUAUCAUUCCGUCGCGAGUCCGAAACAGUUGUUAGUGAAGUCUCGGCUGGUAGCUUGGAGGCUGGAGUGGAAAUGUUCCCUGAAAUGCAAGAGGACCUUGACGUGGCCAAAAGGGAACGCGACCAACUCAACAGCGAUGUCCUCUCUUGGCAGAACAAGUUUAACACGUUACAGAACAGUUAUGAUAACCUAGAAGCCGGCAAGAACCGCCUUGAGGACAAACUGGAUAGCAUGCAGAAGACGAUCAGCAGCUUAGAGCAGAAAUCACAAACACUAACAUCUGACAAAAAGAAGCUGAAUGCAGAGAUUGAUGCAGCCAAACGAAAGAUUAAUGACCUUCUGUCCGAGCUGGAUGCUGCGAAAAGAGAAAAGGAUUCUCUCAGGCAAGAGUAUGAGUUGUUGCAGAAGCAGAUUUCAAAAAUGGAGGCUGAGUACGAAAUCCAUAUCACCACGAGCGAUGAAUUUGAUGACUCCGCUGCAUACACCAAAUUGCAAGACGCCUACAAACGCAGCCAGGAACGACAGAGUGAAAUGCAAGAGGAACUUCUGAGCUGUUACAAGGUGGUCGGAGAGCUAAAGAAUCAGGUUCAGAGAUCACAAGAGACCAUUGAAAGGUUAACAAUCAACUACAACACUGAGACGGUCAGAAGCGCGAGUCUACGCGACGAAGUGGUCAUGUACCAAAGAAGACUUUCUGAACUAGAGGAGAAGAACGAAGUUAGCAAGGGUGCAAAUAAGGAUUUAGAGAAUGAAAUGGAGGUGGUACAACAGAGAAUUUCGGAGCUCAGUCGAGAGAAUUCAUCGAUUCAGGAGUCAAAGGCUCUGAUCUCCGUUGAAGUCGCCAACCAGCGCAAAAAGAUCCUCCGCCUUGAGCAGCAACUUGACGAUGCCGAACGAGAGAAGGAGAGCUUAAGGCUUCAACUUUCUGCGUUGAGUAGUAAGAGAGGAUCGGGAUCCCAAGACGUCAGCCGAUCAAGUUCCGCUCAGUUUUCAGAACAAAGCCUCAGCCUCCUUCGUGACAAGCAAGUCGAGACUGGGGACAGCACCGAGGAAGGCCUUCAAAGAGAGGACGCUUAUAAAUCAUUCACUCGACGCACUUUUCAAAGUGAGACACGGAUACAAUCUGACGAGCUUUCUACAUCCACGAAGAAGGAAAUCGAGUCGUUCUUUGACCUUGGCGGGAGUGACAAAGAUCUUGGGCCCUCGGCAGAAGCAACCACACUUGACCUGGACUUGGACGGUGAAGUUGACGGAGGCGGAACAACCAAGACAACCCGCAUAGUGACGGUGAAGAGCACCAAGUCCAAGAAGUCCAUAUUUUAACUGAUUAGAACAGAACUUUGAAAGAGGAAUUUCCUCUUUCGUAGCACAAAUUGAAAACUCGAUACAGCAGCUCAAAAAAGCUCUAAUAUAUUUAAAAAGGCCUCACUCCCUUGUACAUUUUGUUGCCCCAGUAACGAUGCGACCAUACCCACGAGAUUUCCUGCUUUGUUUUGUUGGAAAAAAGAACGCAAGCGAGAAAGAUAUGUCCACUGAAUUUGGAACUAAGAGCAUACUCCCAUGACUAUUGUAACGUAAUACACACUGCGGCAACAAAGCAUGCCACCGGAUAAGGUCUUUUUCGUAGUGCUGAAAAUUAUACGUAAAUGUAGAACUUUAAUAAUUUAGAUGAGAUGGUACAGCACCAAAAGACGAUAAUGAGACGGUGAGGGAAACUCCCAGUCUAGCCCUUGGGAUAUGAUGAUAAGACCAAUUAAAAACUGAAGUUCAUCGAAAGUUGGUUUCCGAAGAGAUCCGCAAAUGUUUUUUCAGCGUUGUCAAGAGAGAAAAACGGGACUUUAUUCACUGUUGGUAUGUAGCUAUUACAAUAUUCUGCAUUGUUUGCUAUGACGCAGUCGCGCGUGGAGUUUAUAACUUUUCACACAAUCGAUUAAAAGGUGCGGAUGUCUCAGGAAUUGGACUUGCAUUUAAUUACAGCCUCUAAGAAUAACUUAAGUAAAAUUCACAUAUCAAGAUUUCCCCUCUGUCUCAUUAUUCUCAUGAGUCGUUUAAUUUACCUAUUUGCUACAUCCUAUGUUUAGCUUUUAUCCAAGUUCUUUAAGUCUGAGUCAAGGCAUAAAGCAAGUUAGAACAAAGCAAAUCAGCCCGCCUCGAAACAAAAUGUAGCCAUAACGUGAAAUAUUAGAGAACUUUAGAUUCUAAGACGAGUACGACAACAAGUACGAGAUUUUCUCAGUACUAAGUAGGGCUUGGGCGUGAACCAGCGUCAUUUUGGCGGGAAAACGUGGUAGCCAUCGUCACUCUGCCACGAAUUUUAGCGAGAGUGUCGAAGUGGGGAAAACAAGUUAUCAAAUGUUAGAAGUUUUAUCAUUUUGCAAUCGGGAGAGGGUGUCACUUCCUUCACUAAAGGUAACAGCGCUAACUUUUCUGGUGAAAAGGUCUCUAUUUAACUACUGGAACAAAAUUUCCGUAAUCUGUUAGAACAAAAACUGGUGUAAUGGUAUAAUGUACCCAUGCAUUACAGCUCUUAUUUCAUAAAGACCUUAGCUUUGCUUUGCUUUUGUUAUGUAAUUAGUAUAGUGUGCCCUUUGUUUUUGAUUCAUUUAUUACAAUAGUAUCUCGCUGUGCUAUUUGGAUCACUGUCGCCGCUACUGAAUAAAAUAUUUCGCUGGUCAGAACGAGACAUGGA